AUGCAUCCCUCCUUCUUAUCGUCAAGGUUUUACCCAAACAUUUGGAACUAUGACGAGGAGCCAAGAUAUCUGUCUUGGGACAUCAGAGACAUGACUGCGCACUUCGUCUUUUUCAACUCCAGAAUCUCUUCUGGUAUGGAGGGGGCAUCCCUAGAAUUCGAGGGUUUCAAAUCCUUGGAAAUCGCCAACGCAAUUCGUGGCCUUAAGGAAUCAAAGAGGGCCAAUGAACUUAUGGUCCAGAUGGGCAAUCAAGUUACGGAGGAACACGAGGAUAACAUGAAGCACUUGAUUAAACGCCAUUCUUCUGUCCUUGUACGACGCGGCCACGAUCAAGUGGAUCUAGACAUCGCAUUAGGCCUGCUUCUUGAUCAAUAUUUAUACAGAGAAAGAUUCAAAUUUAACUAUCGUUCUUGCAAGCAGCUUGCUCUUCAUCUUCUGCGAACUUCCGAAGCCCACAAGUUUGAUAGACUGGAAAAACAGCGACAGUCUUUGAUCUUCCAAAGGCAGAAGUUAGUGGGUGACCGAUAUCACACACAUCAACAGACACUUCCUCCAACUUCGUGGCCAAAUUUUCCAAACGUGGAAGCAGUGUAUGAGCGCGAGCCAUUUGCGGCUUUCAUUGCCUCGGAAUCAAAUGAAGUUGGGGAGCUUCCAGAGGAACUAGUACAAAGUCACCUGGCGCCUUUCCUCGAUUCUUGGAUGCAGGCUCAUGAAAGUGAUAUCUAUGCCAGGCUAGAGUCCCCGUAUGAGAACUUGGACCUUGCUGUUAAUGUCUUCGUUUGUGCAUUUUGCAAAGAUGACGGGCCCAGACGCCCCGCUUCAAUCUUAAUCGGGUUGAAAGACUUUCGUUCUCAUUUUAAAUGCAUUGAUUCACAGUUUGACUUUCAGUUUAGUGUUGCGGGCAGAGCCAACGCACUCGCGUUAGUUGAUCUUCUGGGUAUGGACCCGAAAGCAGCGACUGUCAAUGAUCUGGACGCAAGAGAUGCGCGGUUUCUCUGCGAGGCAUGCAACGUCUCUUGGCACCCAGAAGUGCUUGUUCGCCAGGUCUUGACAUGGAGGGAAUGUAUUUCUCAUGUGAUUCAGCUGGAGAAUACGGACUCCCACCGCUCCGGUACAUCUUGGGCACUUCUAACGGCAGAGGCUACGGAAUGUAUCAAAAGACGUGAACAACCCUUCCCGAAUCCAGAGCACCGUGUCUGGUGUUGUAACCACUGUCCUGAGCACUAUGAUGAUGCAACGACAAGGACGAAUGUGCCUUGCCAUGCCAAAGACGAGCAUUCCAUUGAUCGCCCUCGCGUCAACGCUGAUGUAAUAUACGACAGGCGAAAGUUGAUUUCUCUGAAUCCCCGCAAACCUAUUUGUGUCGGACUCGAACCACCAGAGAUCUAUCAAUGUAGAAGCUGCCCAGAUACGGUUAACCGUCUCUGGAAGAUUGACCCUUUGAAACGUCAUAUAAUUGAUAAGUAA